ACUGAAGACAUUUCGGUAUUGUGAUCGAGACUUGGUUGUCUGGUCUUUCCAGGUUAUCUCUUUUCUUGCAACAAAUCAGCAGUAAUUUUUUUGGUUUCUGUUCCAGUCAAAAACCUGUUCUCAGAUUGACAUUUAUACAAACACACCUUAGGAACACAAUUCUCUCUUUUUCAUUAAAUUACGUUCUUUACCUUUUCACACCUCUCACGUUCCUCUUAACCUUACUCAAGGCAAGAUUGCGACCUUUUCUCUUAUUUCACUUGUCGCAAUACAUUUGUCUGAACUUAGAAACUCACUAUACAUUAAUAAUGGUUACGCAAACUGUUAGGACUUCAAUUUUGAGCUAUAAAUCCAAUGGGCCGCAGGUGUUUGCUUAUUUGCCGGUGAGAAGAAAAUGGCAAAGAGAAACUUUGUUGGGUUGGUUGCAGAAUAGAUUGAUGACUACAAGUAAGCGAGUGCAGGAUAGAAGCACCAUGAAAAGGGUGCAGGAUCUUGAAAUAGUGACAGAGAAAUGGAAAAUCGUAUCAAAAGUGAAGGCAGUGAUGGAGAUUUUAAAUGAGGAGCCAGAGACGAUAAUCCCAGCAAGGAACCUUGAACGACACAGGAUUAAAAUCAAUCUGCCUAAACCCCAUAAAAUUUCGGACUUCCUUCGAAAAUCGCCAAAGCUUUUUGAGUUGUACAAGGAUCAAAGGGGAGUGCUAUGGUGCGGAAUGACAAAAGAAGCUGAGGAUUUAGUAGAAGAAGAGGGAAGAUUAAUCGAGGAGCAUUCAGAUAAAGUCGCAGAAUAUGUGACGAGAUGUUUAAUGAUGUCUGUUGAUAGGCGGCUUCGGUUGGAUAAAAUAGCAAAUUUUAGGAGAGAUUUUGGUUUGCCUGUUGAUUUUAGGGAUAAAUGGGUGCAUAGGUAUCCAGAACUGUUUAAGGUUGUUAAGAUGGUUGAUGAAGUGAGUUAUUUGGAGCUUGUGUCUUGGAAUCCUGAUUGGGCUAUCACACAGUUAGAGAAGAGAGUAUUAGGGGUGAAUGAAAGCAGUAAUCAUCAGCCGGGAAUGCUGUCAUUGUCAUUUCCUUUGAGAUUUCCUUCUAAUUACAAGAAGGUGUAUAGGCAUCGAGAGAAAAUAGACCAUUUUCAGAAAAGGUCUUAUUUGUCACCAUAUGCAGAUGCCAAGGGACUUACUGCUGGGUCGUUAGAAUUUGAUAAGAGGGCUGUUGCCAUUAUGCAUGAGUUGCUUAGCUUUACCCUUGAGAAGAGAUUGGUGACUGAUCACCUUACGCAUUUUCGGAAGGAAUUUGUGAUGCCACAGAAGUUGAUGAGACUUCUUUUAAAGCAUAUGGGGAUUUUCUAUGUGUCUGAGAGGGGGAAGAGAUUUAGCGUAUUUUUGACUGAAGCUUAUGAAGGUCAAGAACUGAUUGAAAAAUGCCCUCUGGUUGUUUGGAAGGAAAAACUCCUGAGUCUUGUUGGUUACAGAGAGAAGAAGAAGAAGAUUUUAACAUUUGGCGAUUUAUCGGACUUGGAGGAUAGUGGUUUGAUUGAGAGUAGUUCUGAACACGAAAAUAUAAGUAUGCAUUUUGGGCAUGAAGACGCGAUGGUCGGUGUGGAAGAUGCUUUACUUGCAGACAAUGAUGAGAUGAAUAUUGGAGAAAUUGGCCUCGCAGGCUGGAACAGUGAAAAAUCUUGAGCUUAUGAAUGCAAAGCAGAGAGCUCUUCUUGUCAUCUAGGCAUUUUAAUCCGGAAAUUGCAUACUGCCGCUGAUCACUAGUCAAAAUUUACCAUUAUUGCAUUUUGAAAGACACAACAGCAAUUCUACAUAUGAGGGGAAAAAACAGAGAAAAACGGAAGUUGUUGGCCCUUUGAAUGCCUUGUAUCAGAUCAUCAAAACUUGUCAGAAAUAGGUGUAGUGACUACAUAUUUCAGAAUUUGUUUUGCUAUUUUUACUGAUUAGUGUGAUGUGCUGGCCUCUGAAAUUAUGCCAUAUAGACUGCAAAAUAGAUAAUUAGCUUUCAUUUUUCCUCAUCAAAUGAAUGUGUAAAUUUCGUAAUGCUUAAUGCUUAGAAAUUAGAACAGUAUGGUAUUUCUAGAAGGCAUGUGAGAGUUGCAUUUUUUUGUUUAUUUAUUUUUUGGCUCAGUUUUGUUUUUCUUUAAGCAAUAUACUGAUCCAAUACCACAAUAUAAUACAAUGUUCA